AUGUCCCAACCAAAAGUGUUGUUAGUGGGUUCAGGAGGCGUAGGUGCUAUCGCUGCGCUUGCACUUACUUCCAAUGGAAAAGCAGAAACCACUUUGGUUGUUCGUUCCGAUUACGAUAAGGUCAUCAAUGAAGGUUACACCAUACGUUCUGCAACCUAUGGAAAUCUAGAUAGUUGGAGGCCAACACAUGUGAGUAAAUCCGUUGAAGAUGCAGUCAAAUUGAAUGGUCCUUUUGACUAUGUGGUUGUCACCACCAAGAAUAUUCCUGAUGGCCCGCAGCCUUGCGAGGACAUCAUUCUGCCUGCCGUGGUUCCAGGAAGAACAACCAUCGUGUUGAUUCAGAACGGUAUCAAUAUCGAGAUUCCUAUGAUCCGCAGGUUCCCAACGAACCACGUUCUUUCGGGAAUCUCGUUAAUUGGUUCCACCAACAUCAAAUGCGUGGUUCACAACCCUGGAAAAGACAGCAUUUUACUCAGUCCGUUCCACAACCCCAACGUGGAUUACGAAAAAUCCAAGGAAAAAACUCAGGAGUUUGCUUCUAUGUAUCAAAACCCAGAUGAAUCUGUUAACAAGAUCACCAUCGAGGACGAUGCUGUGGGCUCGCGGUGGCAAAAAUUGGUCUACAAUUCGGUCUUCAACACCAUUUGUGCUAUCACAGACUUGGACGUGAACAGAUGCCAGAUAAACGGUGCAAACAAGACACUUUUCGAGCCUGCCAUGGAUGAAGUCAUUGCCAUUGCGGCAAGUGAAGGAGUCACAAUUGACCCAAGAACCAAACACAGAUUCAUGCACAUCGGAGACGGUUUCUUCUACACUCCUUCCAUGUUGGUGGAUGCUAGAAAGAAGCAAAUUUUUGAGAUCGAAACCAUCUUGGGAAAUCCGUUGGCUAUUGCUAAAAAAAAAGGCGUACCAACGCCAAUUCUUACGUCGGUGUACUAUUUGUUGAAGAUGAGACAAUUUUACAUCAUGGAAGAGACUGGAAAGAUCAAAAUCCAUGAGGAGGAUUACAAAGGACGUGACAGCGACGACUACCCAAAAAUAUUUGCUGAAAGCGGAGCAUCAAACUAG